AUGGCGAAGGCUGGUGGGGGUGGUGGUGCUAAUAAGGACAAUGCUGCAGGGGUCUACGAGUCUGGGGCAGAUCCACGGCUAGAUUUUAUUUGCGAAUAUUUAACCAGGUCGUUGAAAAUUAAAAUGGACAAGUGGCUAAAGUUUGUGAUGACGGAAGAAUAUAGGAAUGUGAUGAAUGAUUUUUUUGAUAUAGCAGAAUUUCCGUUGCUCGUCAUCCACCUAAAUAUGGCAGGGCAACUUGUCGCCUCAGACGCUUACCCGACCACAGGAAAGAACAAGACGUGCUACUUCGUCAAGAAAGACGUCGGUGUAAUUCCCCUUGUCAAAGAUGAUCUGAGCUUUAAAAGGAACUUGAUUUAUGGAGAUUUGUCUCAUCAGCCUUUGGAAAAUCUCGGGGCCUUCAUUGAAAAUGUCAUAGGGCCCCUGAUAAGGGCGGAAGUCAACCAGCCCAAGUGGCCCGAGGCUGUCGUUGCAGAUGUGAAACACCACACGCAAGAGAUUUGCGGAGUGUUGUACACCAUCCAGGGUCAGCUGAAGGGAAAGACGCUGCUUCCGAUGCCCCUCAGUCUGGACGAGAUUGAUGAAAAUGAUCGCAAAUUGGCUGAGGGUGGUCCAGGGGAUGUCGAUCAAACCCUGAAAACCAAUAUCGAGACAAUCGUGAUAAAAUGGAGUCAACAAAUUAACGAUGUACUGAAGCAGGAUUCAUCAAAACCACUCGCAACUGGCAAUAAUCCCACGCCUUUUGCUGAGUUAUUGUUUUGGGAGGAGCGUGUCGAUGACCUCCAAUGCAUCUACGACCAAUUGAAGGAAGAAAAAGUCCGAAAAAUUGCCAACAUCCUAGAACAGACUGGCUCCACUUAUUGGCCCUGUUUCAAGUCAAUGUUCCGCAACGUGGUGGCCGCACUUGGAGAAGCGCAAGACAUCCUGGUCCACUUGAAACCGCUCCGGAAACACUUGGAAAACGUGCAAAAUUCCAGUUUCGACGAAGUCCUUAAACACCUUGGGCCCAUGAUGCAUUGCGUCUGUCUUAUCUGGGGCCACUCGAAGUACUACUGCUCUCCCGCGAGAAUUAUCGUCCUCCUUCAAGAAAUUUGCAACUUGCUUAUCGAAAUGGCACGAUCUCACUUGGGCGGCAGCGCUGUUUUCCAGAUGGAACCGGAAGAAGGCCUCGUCAAAUGCACGGCUGUGGUGAAUGUUCUCCAACAUUUCCGGGAAUUGUAUGACGCCCACAAACGCGAACUUCCUGCCUACUUUAGGACGGAAGAAGAGGCUAAAAGUUGGGACUUUCUUCCCCACUUGGUUUUCAAACGUUUUGACAAGUUUUUGAAUAGGAUGAAAAAUCUGUUGGUAUUUUUCGACACUUCUGUCGAAUUUUACAAAUUAGAACGAAUCGACAUUGGCGGAAACAAGGGCAAAUUCCUGAGCGCACGGAUUAACCAAGUGUAUAAAAAAUUCAUGGAGUUUUACCAAAGGUUUGGCGGCCUUCAGUACGACUGCUCCGAUCCGGAGGACGACAGCUUCCUCGCGGAUGAAAAACUGUUCCAAGAGAACGUUCUGGACAUUGACCAACAACUGUCGGCCAUCUUCAUGCAUGCAUUUGACGACUGUCACACGCCAGAGUCUGUCUACAAGUUGAUCCUCGCGCUAGGAACGCUGGUCGAGAGACCGCUCAUCAAGGAAGAUAUUGAGCCCAAGUACCCCCAAUAUGUGGCCAUGAUUAGUAAAGAUCUGGAACAAAUUAAGGAACAAUUUCAUCGGACAAUAACACCUUUUCAAGUUAAUCAACGACUCUUGGCCAACCCAGUCCUGCCCCCGUAUUCCGCCUCGAUUCAUUGGGCUAGAGAAAUGCGGGAUCGUUGUGACGAGAAUAUUGAACAGUUCCGCUCACUUGAUUUGCAAAUUGCGGAUAAAGAAGUUGUGAGCAAGUUGAACAAAUCAUAUGAAGAGCUGGACCAAGCGCUGGGCACGUUUCAAACGGAGACUUUUGAAGAUUGGAAGAAGAGCGUGGAAGAAAAGGGAGCAGGAUGGGUCAAGCAAAUGAUCUUUAGUCGAGAUCCAGACGACAAAUCACUCGUAGUCAAUUUCAACAGCGAGCUGUACAGUACGAUAAAGGAAGUCAAAUAUAUGGAGUGUGCCGGAUUUAUGGACAUCCCUUCCCUGGCUCGAAAACUACUUGAUGAGCAACCCGUAUACAGGAAAAAUUUACUAUUUCUGGACCGGAUAGCUUAUUCGUACAACCAAAUAAUCAACAAUUCCAAUGCUCAGGAACGAGAAUUGCUUCACUGCAAAGUGAAAGAAAUUGAUUCUAAACUUCAAACUGGUAUCAACAAGAUUACGUGGUCUGAUCCUGGGAUUUGGUCCUACAUCACUUCUUUAAACGAUCCCGUCACCGAUGUUGAAGACAGACUUGGAAAAUCACAAGAUAACGUGAACAUUAUCAAGAAGAUGGUCCAAACCUGGUUGGGCAAUCCACUCUUUGAACGGAAAGAUGGCAAACGUGAAGCCCUCUUGAACAUGGAUGAACACGCACACGCCAGAAAACUGAAGCAGUACAAGGGAAUUGAAGAAAUGACGGUGAAAGUUACAGAAAUAGUGGAACGAAACAAGAACCACUUGAUGAAGGAAAACACUCCCGACCAACAAAAAACUUGGGAUACUUAUCUCCAAUUCUUGGAGAGCAUCGUGUUGGAUGGACUUAUCAAGACUGUUGCAGUCUCGUUUGGCUAUCUUGUGGACCACACCGACGGAAAUUUGACCCCUUCCCCACUUUUCGAAGUGACGAUGGAGUUGACCGAAAACAAGGUCAUCUUCACACCUGCUCUCGACUUUUCCGAUCCGGGCAGCUUUCUCAACUUGGUGGAAGAUAUCCUGGCAGACAUUAGCCAUCAGGGAACUCUGGUCAAACGAACCGACGUAGAAAAUUGUCCAGAAAUUUCCGAAAUGCGAUCAGAAAUUGAGAACCGAGUUCAAGCCGUAAUGAAUCAAGCGACCGAAUACACUAUAAAGUUUGAGCCGUACACUUAUCUCUGGGAAGACGACAGGCUCGAGUAUCUCAACCAGUUUCUCAGAUAUGGUCAUCAGCUCACAGCGGAGGAAAUGGAGGUCAAAAAUUCGGGGGAGGAAGAACCUCAAGAAUUCUCCGCCCCAACUCUGGAGCAAUUUAAACAAGUUAUUGACAAGUUUGAAAAUCUAUACAUCGAAGUUGAGAAUCUCCCCAGGGAGCAUAUCUUUGAUAAGUGGUUCCGACUGGAUAUCCGCCCUUUCAGGCAAUCGCUCCUUAACACUUGCAAAAUAUGGAGCUUGAUGUUCAAGCAGUACAUGAUUGACAGUGUUAUUGGAGGGUUGUCCGGUCUCGAGCAGUUUAUCACCGAGGCGGACAGCGGUCUCACUCAACCCUUGCGUGAAGGCGACCUUAGGAAACUAAUUUCCGUAAUGACCUGGCUCCAACAGGUGAAGGACCGACAAGCCACGACAGACACGAUGUUCGAACCCAUCAAAAAGUAUAUCGAACUCCUCAAAAUGUACGAUUACGAACUACCAGAAGCAGUCUUCGUCCAAUUAGAAGAAUUACCCCAAAAGUGGAUAAACUUGAAAAAAUUAGCGAUUAAAAUCAAACACCAAGUCGCACCCCUCCAAGCACAAGAAGUUUCUUCCAUCCGGAAACGAAUUGCCGACUUUGACUUGAAGCAACACGCGUAUCGAGAUGUUUUCAGGGUUCUAACGUUUUUCGAUAAAAUGUGUCAGUUCCCAUACAAAGAACUUGACAACGCCCACACAGAUAUUGCUACUUUCAACGCGGAAUAUGCAGACAUUUGUUCGGCUGCGGAACUAUUUGAGGUGCACGUUCCUGAACCGAAAUCGUUACGACAAUGCGAAAAGGAAGUCCGCCUCGCAAAAAACAUUUGGGACUACACGAACAUCGUGGCGUCGUUAAUUGAGGAGUGGAAAACUACCAAAUGGCUCAACAUAAAUGUUGAAAGUAUGGACUUGGAGUGCAAACGAAUGUCGAAGGAAGUGAAAAUAAUGGACAAGGAUGUGAAAGCUUGGGAGAUAUUUUUCUUGCUCGAGGGCGUAAUCAGAAACAUGAUCUCAUCUCUAAAAUCGGUGGCUGAGUUGCAAAAUCAAGCCAUCCGAGAACGCCACUGGGAAGAACUUAUGCGUGCAACGAAGGUAAAUUUCGUAAAUUUGUAAGAAACACACGUCUUAAAAUUCUCCGUGGACGAAUCCACCACACUGGCUGAUCUUUUGGCCCUAAAUCUUCACAAUUUUGAAGAGGAAGUCAAAAACGUGGUGGAUAAAGCAGUCAAGGAAAAUUCGAUGGAGAAGACGCUAAAAGAUUUAGAUGGAACUUGGUCUGCUCAGGAGUACGAGUUUGAACUGCAUUCUCGAACGCAAACUCAACUAAUCAAAGCGUCCGAAGAACUUAUUGAAAUUCUUGAAGACAAUCAAGUCCAAUUGCAGAAUAUUGCCAUGUCGAAAUUCAUUGGAUUUUUCCAUGAAGAGGUCGAGUUUUGGCAGAAUCGUCUCUUCAUGGCCGAUCAGGUUCUCGCCGUGUUGGGAGAAGUUCAGCGUACAUGGUCACACUUGGAAUCCAUUUUUAUUGCUUCGGAAGACAUCCGGAAAAGUCUACCCGUAGAUGCUGCCCGAUUUGAUAAAAUUGAUCGAGAUUUCAAGAAUACACUUACCAAAUUGUACUCUACCAAAAACGUCGUGCAAGCCACAAACCAACCCGGAAUCCUGCCAGACUUAGAAGUUUUGCAGAAAGAACUAGCCCUUUGCGAAAAGGCGCUUGCCGACUACUUGGAAACGAAGCGAUUGGCAUUUCCCCGCUUCUACUUUGUCUCAUCGGUCGAUCUCUUGGACAUUUUGUCAAACGGGAACGAACCCGAGCAGGUUGCGCGACAUCUCGCCAAACUAUUUGAUGCGAUGGCCAACUUGGAUUUCAAAAAGGGGGACGGCGUCAAGAAGGAGGUGCCCACGAAUGCGAUCGGAAUGAGGGCAAAGGAUGGGGAAGUAGUCCAGUUUAAUAGUCCGUGUGACUGUACUGGUGCUGUUGAAGUGUGGCUGUGUCGACUGGAGGAAGCAAUGAGGGCCACGGUUCGGAACUGUUUCUCCGAAGCGGUCGCCGACUAUGAAGGCAAACCUAGGGACAUUUGGAUCCAGGACUUUCCUGCCCAAACUGCCCUUUGCGGCACGCAGAUCUGGUGGACCACCGAGGUCAAUGCUGCUCUCGGGAAGCUUGAAGAAGGCUACGAGAACGCGUUGAAAGACUACCACAGAAAACAAGUGAACCAACUAAACACCUUAAUCGGACUUUUGAUCGGCCAACUAACGUUCCAAGAGCGUCAAAAGAUUAUGACCAUUUGCACAAUUGAUGUCCAUUCACGAGACGUUGUGCUAAAAUUGAUCGCUCUGAAAAUCGAGACGGCUCAAGCCUUUCCAUGGCAGAGUCAAUUGCGACAUCGCUGGGAUACUGCGGAGGGUGAUUGUUUCUCAAACAUCUGCGACGCCCAGUUCAAAUACUGGUACGAAUAUCUCGGAAAUACCCCACGUCUCGUAAUUACUCCUUUGACGGACAGAUGUUACAUCACGUUGACGCAAUCUCUUCACUUAAUCAUGGGUGGAGGGCCGGCAGGCCCUGCAGGAACUGGGAAAACUGAGACGACGAAAGAUCUCGGGCGAGCGUUAGGCAUGAUGGUCUACGUCUUCAACUGUUCGGAACAAAUGGACUAUCGGUCGAUCGGAAAUAUUUAUAAGGGAUUAGCACAAACCGGAGCGUGGGGUUGUUUCGAUGAGUUUAACAGGAUUUCUGUAGAAGUCUUGUCCGUCGUAGCGGUGCAAGUCAAAUCUAUCCAGGACGCAAUUCGAGAUAGAAAAACCCGUUUUGUCUUCAUGGGUGAAGAAAUUCGAUUAAUUUCAACCGUCGGACUUUUCAUCACGAUGAAUCCAGGUUACGCUGGACGUUCAGAACUCCCCGAAAACUUGAAAGCUCUGUUCAGACCAUGCGCCAUGGUGGUACCGGAUUUUGAACUCAUUUCUGAAAUCAUGCUGGUCGCCGAAGGUUUUCAAAGUGCGCGCGUACUUUCUCGUAAAUUUAUCACGCUGUACACCCUGUGCAAGGAGUUGCUCUCUAAACAAGACCAUUACGAUUGGGGGCUACGCGCCAUCAAAUCUGUCCUUGUGGUGGCGGGAUCUUUGAAGCGAAGUGACCCUGAUCGUCCCGAGGAUCAAGUACUCAUGAGAGCGCUGAGAGAUUUCAACGUCCCAAAAAUCGUUGCCGACGACAUCCCCGUAUUUAUGGGUCUCAUCGGAGAUUUAUUCCCAGCUCUGGAUAUUCCUCGUAAAAGAGAUCUCGAGUUUGAGAAGAAUAUUCGGGUGGCCACGCUCCAACUUAAACUGCAGCCGGAAGAUAAUUACAUCCUGAAAGUUGUCCAGCUCCAAGAGUUGAUUGACGUGCGACAUUCAGUUUUUAUCAUUGGAAAUGCGGGGACAGGGAAAAGUCAGGUGUGGAAGACACUUUAUCGUGCCCAUCAAAUCAUGAAGCAUCGUCCCAUGUACACAGAUUUGAAUCCAAAAGCUGUCACGAAUGACGAGCUCUUUGGCAUCAUUAACCCUGCAACCAGAGAAUGGAAGGAUGGCAUCUUUUCCGUGAUCAUGCGGGAUCAAGCGAAUCUUACGGGUGAUGGGCCCAAGUGGAUCAUCUUAGAUGGUGACAUUGACCCCAUGUGGAUUGAGAGUUUGAAUACGGUAAUGGAUGACAAUAAAGUGCUCACAUUGGCCAGUAAUGAACGAAUUGCGAUGACAAAAAUGAUGCGUCUCGUCUUCGAAAUCUGGACGUUGAGAGUCGCAACGCCCGCGACUGUAUCAAGAGCUGGAAUUUUGUACCUCAACCCGCAGGAUUUAGGCUGGCAACCAUAUGUCGCCAGUUGGAUCGAAAAACGUGACAGUCCCGCAGAAAAGGCGAACUUGACCAUUUUGUUUGACAAAUACGUUCCCACGGUUGUAGAAAUGAACAAAACCAGAUUCAAGAAAAUUACCCCAAUUUCUGAAAUCACGCAUAUUGAACUGCUCUGCAAUCUGUUGGACUGCACCAUCACGCCAGACACGUGUCCCACGGAUUGUCCCAAAGAGUGGUACGAAGUCUACUUUGUCUUCUGCACAAUCUGGGCCUUCGGAUCGGCAACUUAUCAAGAUCAACUUUUGGAUCAUCGUGUCGACUUUUCCAAGUGGUUUCAAAACGAGUUCAAAUUCGUCAAAUUUCCCUCUGGUGGAAAUGUGUUUGACUUUUACAUUGAUAUCGAAACCAAAAAGUUUUUGCCUUGGACCGAUCUUGUCCCAAAGUUUGAGUUGGAUCCUGACCUACCCUUGCAGGCGGCUUUGGUGCAUACCGCUGAGACUACACGUGUCAAAUAUUUCCUGGACAUGUUGAUGGCUCGUGGUCACGCAGUGAUGCUCGUGGGUGGGGCUGGUACUGGAAAAACUGUCCUAAUCAAUGACAAACUUGCCGCCCUGUCAGAUUCCUAUGUAAUUUGCAAUGUUCCCUUCAAUUUCUACACGACAUCCGAAAUGCUUCAACGAGUCAUGGAGAAACCGUUGGAGAAGAAAGCAGGCAGAAAUUAUGGUCCACCGGGAAACAAGAAACUUAUUUAUUUCAUUGAUGAUAUGAAUAUGCCCAUGGUUGACGCAUAUGGCACUGUGCAACCCCACACUCUAAUUCGACAACACUUGGACUACGGCCAUUGGUACGAUCGGGUCAAACUUUCCCUCAAGGAUAUUCACAAUGUGGGAUAUGUCAGUUGCAUGAAUCCCACCGCGGGUAGUUUCACAAUCAACCCCAGAUUGCAGAGACAUUUUGCCGUCUUCUCGUUAUCCUUCCCAGGACAGGAGGCAGUACAUUUCAUCUACAAAACCAUCCUGCAGCAGCACCUGGCCUCUCAAAAUCAUAAAUUUCCACAAAACGUGAUCAAAAUUUGUGCAAACGUGGUUAAUGCAGCGCUUGCGCUACAUAGCAAAGUAGCGUCAACCUUUUUGCCGACCGCGAUAAAAUUCCAUUACGUCUUCAACCUGAGAGACUUGAGCAAUAUUUUUCAAGGCGUUCUUUUCAGUACUUCCGAUUGCCUUCAGAACCCUUUGGAUUUGGUGCGUCUCUGGCUGCACGAGGCGAGUCGUGUGUACGGGGACAAACUAGUGGACGACAAGGACAUCACCACAUUUGGUAAAAUGAUCAGCGACAAUGUCAAAAAGUCUUUUGAGGAUAUUGAGGAAACCAGUGUUCUUGUGAAGCCAUUGAUUUACUGUCAUUUCGCGCAAGGGAUGGGCGAUCCAAAAUAUAUGCCAGUUACGGACUACAAUCUCCUCCAAAGACUGCUCAUAGACGCGCUGAAAUCGUACAAUGAGUUCAACUCCAUCAUGAACCUCGUCCUUUUUGACGACGCGGUCAACUAUAUUUGCAAAAUCAGCAGGAUCCUUGAAUCUCCAAGAGGAAACGCGCUACUCGUCGGGGUCGGGGGGAGCGGAAAACAAAGCUUGAGUCGGCUUGCAGCCUUCCUCUCAGGGUUGGAAGUGUUUCAGGUUGCUCUACGAAAAGGAUACUGCGUUCAAGAUUUGAAAAACGACCUUGCCAACUUAUACAUCAAAGCGGGUCAGAAGAACAUGGGGAAUAUGUUUUUGAUGACGGAUGCUCAAGUCGCAGAAGAAGAAUUCCUCGUCGUCAUUAAUGACAUGCUGGCCUCCGGGGAAAUUCCCGACCUUCUGCCGGAUGAUGAAGUAGAAAACGUCAUUUCCAGCAUGAGGACAGAAGUGAAAACUGUCGGACUGGAAGAUACGAGAGAAAAUUGCUGGAAAUUUUUUAUCGAACGAGUCCGCAAAGUGCUAAAGUGCGUCCUGUGCUUCUCACCGGUUGGAAGCACGCUCCGAACACGGUCACGAAAGUUUCCUGCCGUUGUCAACUGCACGUCCAUUAUUUGGUUUCAAGGUUGGCCCGAAGAAGCCUUGAUGUCAGUCUCACAACGAUUUGUGAAAGACAUCCAAGUCCUUCCGCACGAUCUGCUCGAUCCGAUCGCCUCCUUCAUGGCGUACGUCCACUCCUCCGUUACCGAAACGUCCAAAACCUACCUGGCCAAUGAGAAACGCUACAAUUACACGACUCCGAAAUCUUUCCUGGAACAAAUCGACUUGUACGGAAAGCUCGUAACGAGCAAAAACAAGGAAGCCUUCGCCAAGGCGGAGCGUCUCGAGAGCGGGUUAACCAAGUUGGAAUCCUGCGCUCAGCAGGUCGAAGGCUUAAAGAAAGUCCUCGCCGUGCAGGAAGUCGUCCUCAAAGAGAAGAAUGAGAAAGCCGAUCAUUUAAUUCAAGUCGUUGGUGCAGAAACUGCAACCGUUUCCAGUGAGAAAGAAAAUGCGGCGAAGGAGGAGAAAAAAGUCGCCGUCACGGCCACUGAAGUCUCAAAGAUUAAGGAAGUCUGCAGAAUCGAGUUGGAGAAGGCAGAACCCGCCCUACAAGCUGCCUACGCCGCUUUGAAUACUUUGAACAAAGCUAAUUUGACAGAGUUGAAGACCUUUACCACCCCUCCGCCAGACGUGGUGAACGUAAUUUCAGCCGUGUACAUUUUAUGGGAAGCUACGCGGACUGGGAAAAUUCCCAAGGAUAAAUCCUGGAAAAAUGCAAAGCAGUCAAUGAUGGGAGAUAUUGCAAAGUUUUUGGAUGGAUUGAUGAAUUUAGAAAAGGAAAAGAUAACUACGGCAAUUGUUGAAGCCAUGAAACCGUACACAGAAGCGCCUGGGUUUGACCCGGAAAAUAUAAAGUCUAAAUCAUUUGCAGCUGCUGGUCUCUGCUCUUACGUUGUGAAUGUACUUCUAUUUAACGACGUGUUCCAAGAAGUAGCCCCGAAACGUCGCGCUCUACAAGAAGCGACCGACAUCCUAAACAAAGCCCUUGAUCGUCUCAACUACCUCAAAAACCGAAUCACCGAGUUAGAAGACAAACUCAACAUUCUCACCGAAGAGUACGACGUAGCCAUCGAAGCGAAACAGAAAUGUCAAGCUGAAGCGGACAAAACCGCGUUAACCAUCGAUCUCGCCAACCGCCUCGUCGGCGGGUUAGCCGCCGAAAAAUCGCGCUGGGUUCAAAACGCGCAAAACUAUCGAUCCAGCACAAUCACCAUUCCCGGCGAUAUGCUCCUCGUCACCGCGUUCGUAUCUUAUCUUGGCUGUUUCACCAAACAAUACCGCGUCGAUUUACUUGACAACACGUGGAUCCCAUACUUACGUCGGUUGGAACCCCCCAUCCCCAUGUCCGCCUCCGUCGAUCCGCUGAACAUCCUCACCGACGACGCUGAGAUCGCUCAAUGGAACAAUUUUGGUCUCCCCAGCGAUCGGAUGUCCUCCGAAAAUGCGUCCAUCCUAAUAAACUCGCAGCGCUGGCCGCUCAUGAUUGAUCCUCAACUACAAGGCAUCAAAUGGAUUAAAAGCAUGGAAGCGGGAAAUUUGAAGGUUAUCCGUCUCGGGCAAAAAGGCUACUUGGACAUAAUCGAAGACGCCAUCACGAAAGGGAUCACCAUCCUGAUAGAAAACAUUAUGGAAAACGUGGACCCCGUGCUGGAGCCACUUCUCGCCAGAAACCUUAUCAAGAAAGGAACCGCUAUAAAAAUUGGGGAUAAAGAGAUCGAUUACAAUCCAUCUUUUAGGCUCAUCCUUCAAACCAAGCUGGCUAAUCCGCACUACAAACCGGAAAUGCAGGCGCAAACGACCCUGAUAAACUUUACCGUGACCCGAGACGGCUUGGAGGACCAGCUGCUUGCCGAAGUCGUAAAGGUCGAGAGGCCCGAUCUCGAAGCGCAAAAGUCCGACCUGACCAAACAGCAGAACGAGUUUAAAAUCUUGCUGAAACAGCUGGAAGACGAUUUGCUGACAAGGUUGCAAUCUGCCCAGGGUAACUUUUUGGAUGAUACGGCGCUCGUCGAAAAUUUGGAGACGACGAAAAGAACGGCGCAGGAGGUGGAAGUCAAGGCGAAAGAAGCGGUCGUCACGUCGCGCAAGAUUGACGCGGCGAGAGAACUCUACCGUCCCGCAGCGUGCAGGGCGUCGCUCCUUUACUUCAUUUUGAACGAUCUUAACAAAAUUAAUAAGAUUUACCAAUUUUCCUUGAAGGCGUUUUCCACCGUUUUUCAAAAUGCGAUCAAAACCGCGCCACAGGCGGGCGACGUGGCGAAAAGGAUUGACAAUUUGAUCGACUCUAUCACACAUUCGGUGUGGGUGUACACGGCGCGCGGGCUGUUUGAGUGUGACAAAUUGAUCUUUACGACACAGAUGGCGUUUGCCAUUCAGCUGCAGAGGGGAGCGAUUCAGGCGAAGGAUUUGGAUUUUCUGUUGCGUUUCCCCAUCAUGCCGAAUGUUACGAGUCCGUUGGAGUUUCUGAGUAAUACGAGUUGGGGAGCGGUUAAGAGUUUGUCGAAUUUUGAUGAGUAUAAAAACCUUGAUCGCGAUAUCGAAGGAUCUGCUAAACGUUGGAAGAAAAUCGUCGAGUCUGAAUAUCCCGAAAAAGAGAAGCUCCCACAGGACUGGAAGAACAAACAAGGCGUUCAAAGACUUUGCAUAAUGCGAGCGUUGCGACCUGAUCGAAUGACCUACGCCAUGACCGUAUUUAUCGAAGAAUCGCUUGGCCCCAAGUUUGUGAGGUCGAGACGAAUCGAUUUUGCGAAAUCGUUCGAGGAAACUUCAAACACAACUCCGGUCUUCUUUAUUCUCUCGCCCGGCGUAGACCCUCUCAAGGAUGUGGAAGCGUUAGGAAAAAAAUUGGGCUAUACCAUGGACAAGGGCAACUUUCAUAACGUAUCGUUAGGCCAGGGCCAAGAAAUCGUGGCCGAAAAUGCGUUAGAAAUCGCGGGAGAGAAAGGACACUGGGUCAUUUUACAGAACAUUCACCUCGUAGCACGAUGGCUGGCAAAACUUGAGAAAAAAUUGGAACAAAAUUGGGAACGUUCCCACAAAAAAUAUCGCGUCUUUCUCAGCGCAGAACCAGCAUCCACGCCAGAGUCGCAUAUCAUUCCGCAGGGAAUAUUGGAAUCAUCCAUCAAAAUUACAAACGAACCCCCAAGCGGAAUGCUGGCAAAUUUACACAAGGCGUUAGACAAUUUCUCACAAGAUCAGCUCGAAUCCUGCUCCAAGGAGUUGGAGUUUAAAGCAAUUUUAUUCAGUUUGUGCUACUUCCACGCGGUGGUCGCGGAACGAAGAAAGUUUGGCACCCAAGGUUGGAAUCGUAUCUACCCCUUUAACACGGGCGAUUUGACCAUUUCCGUCAACGUUCUUUACAACUACUUGGAAGCAAAUCAGAAAGUUCCAUGGGAGGAUUUACGCUAUCUUUUCGGCGAGAUCAUGUACGGCGGCCACAUAACGGACGACUGGGACAGGAAACUUUGCCGAACCUAUUUGGAAGAGUAUAUGGUCCAGGAAUUGCUUGACGGAGAGAUCAAUUACGCCCCCGGCUUCGCAGCCCCGCCCAGCACGGAUUAUCAAGGCUACCACUCCUACAUGGAUGACGUACUUCCGCCAGAAUCCCCAAUUUUGUACGGACUCCACCCCAACGCAGAGUUUGGCGUGUUAACGGCAACUUCGGAGAAAUUGUUUAAAACUAUUUUCGAACUGCAGCCUCGUGACGCGGGGGCGGCGGGGAGUCAAUCGGUCACGAAAGAGGAGAAAACGAAGCAAAUUCUGGACGACAUUCUGGACAAGUGUCCCGAUCCUUUCGUCAUGUCUGAAGUUGUCGGUCGCGCGGAAGAGAAGACGCCCUACGUUAUUGUCGCCUUGCAGGAAUGUGAACGCAUGAACACGCUGAUUAUUGAGCUUCGUCGCUCCUUGAAAGAAUUAGAUCUCGGAUUAAAGGGCGAACUGACAAUAACUUUGGACAUGGAAGAUUUAGGCAACUCAUUAUUUCUGGAUCAGGUGCCUGCCUCUUGGACAAAAUUGGCAUAUCCGUCCACCUUCGGGCUGGGCUCGUGGUAUGCAGAUCUCAUCCUGCGGGCGCGUGAAUUGGAAACAUGGGCGAUCGAUUUCUUCUUACCGCCGGCCGUUUGGCUGGGAGGAUUCUUCAACCCGCAAUCCUUUCUCACCGCUAUUAUGCAAAGCACCGCAAGAAAGCAGGAGCUGCCUUUGGAUAAGAUGUGUCUUCAGUGCGAAGUGACGAAGAAAACCAGGGAGGAAUUCACCGCUGCUCCUCGCGAAGGUGCCAACGUGCACGGACUUUUCAUGGAGGGUGGCCGCUGGGAUGUUAUGACGGGAUCUGUGGCAGAAUCUAAACUCAAAGAAUUGUAUCCCUCCCUGCCUGUCGUCUAUUUAAAAGCGAUAACUCAGGACAAGGCCGACGCCAGGAACAUGUUCGAGUGUCCCUUGUACAAGACGAGGAUGCGAGGCCCCACAUACGUUUGGACGUUCAAUCUGCGCAGCCGCGAGAAAGCGUCGCGCUGGGUGCUAGGUGGCGUUGCUCUGUUGUUGCAAGUGUAAAAUAAAUCUUGUUGACUCAAGUCCAGAUUUAUGAGUAGUAUUUCAAUGUAUAUUUACACCUCGGGAAGAAUACUUCUUAGGAGAUAAUUUAAUUGCAUCUGUAGAUAUGCAUACUGAGUUUAGAAUAAAAAUAUAAA